AUACAGAUUAAUAGUCAUCUACAAAAUCAAACUUAUAGUCAUUUAAGUUAAGUUUUUUAGGUAUACAUAGAUAUAUUUCAAUUAGUUAGGUAAUCUUCAAACACUUCAAAGACCUACAGAUAUGGCAUUUAAAAUGUUUUUAAAAACUUAGACUUUCAGGACAGUGAGACAUGUUGGAUGCUCCUGGCAGCACUGAUUUACUCAAAGAAGAUGAUGGGCAUCGAAGAAACUCCAUGUAGAGUUUGCUUUCCUUAUGGCAAAAGUCAGCCAUUUGGGCAAGAAACUGUUCUUGCCUGGACUGCUUGACAAAAUGUUGUAUUGACUAGACAUGCAGGACCCAUAGAAAAAUGACCACUAAAUUUUGCCAAAAUAAGGCAAGAUGAGCCUUCAAAUUUCCUAAUUCACUAAAAAGUCUGCCAGAGACUCUUGGCCUAUAGGCUGAAGAUGGAUGCCCCAAUGUUACAGAGGAACUUUGGGUGACUGUCCAGGCAGCCAGCUGUCUCUGUCAUUCUAGAUUUUUGGAAGUUGCUUACAAUGUUCUUCCUGUUUACUUAGGUGGUAAUAUUAUAUCCUUCUGAGGUCUUUGAUGGAGUUGAAGACUAGAUAGUUAUAAUUUUCCUUAGUCAUGAUAAAAGUUAAAUUAGAUAUGAAACAGACUCACAAAAAUUAGAUAGCAGAAUAUUUUCUAAUUUUUCCAAAUAUAAAUAGACUAGAUAUCAUAACUAUAAUUCUUGCUUGAUAACUGAUUUGUUAUAUAUAAUUUUACUAUGUUAAAGCUAAAACCUUCCUUUUUGAUUAGAUAGAAAAGGGGAAGUGCUGGGGGUUAUCUUUCUGUAUGCUGUGAAUAUAUGUUGUUCCCAUUGAUUAAUAAAAUAAGCUGUUUUAGGGGUUGGGGAUUUAGCACAAGGCCCUGGGUUCGGUCCUCAGCUCUGGAAAAAAAAAAAAAGCUGUUUUGGACUAUGGCAAGGCAGCUUACAGGCAGGGGGGAAAUCCAAGGAGAGAGACAGGAAAGAGAAAGGUGGUCUGAAGAGACGCCAGCCUGCCACCCAAGAAGCAAGAUAGCAGCAGACCAGUAAAGCCACAGGACACGUGGCAAAAAAAUAGAUUAACAGAAAUGGGUUAAUUUAAGAUAUAAGAGCUAGUCAAGUGGCGGUGGUGCACCCCUUUAAUCCCAGCACUCGGGAGGCAGAGGCAAGUGGAUCUCUGUGAGUUUGAGGCCAGCCUGGUCUACAGAGUGAGUUCCAGGACAGGCACCAAAGCUACACAGAGAAACACUGUCUCCAAAAACAAACAAACGAACAAAGAUAUAAGAGCUAGCUAGCAAGAGGCCUGGCAUAGGACACACAGUUUAUAAAUAAUAUUAAGCCUCUGAGUGAUUAUUUUAUAAGCGGCUGCGAGACUGUGGGGCCAGGUGGGACUGGAGAAAACUUUCGACUACAUGUAUGCUUUAAAAAAAAAUAAAAGAAGGGGCUGGAGAUAGCUCAGCACUUAACAGCACGUCCUGCUCUCACAGGAUCCUAGUCUGGUUCUCAGCACACACAUCAGGCAGCUCACAACUGCCUGCAACUCUAGCUCCAGGGAUCCCACUUCUGGCCCCAAAGGGCACCUGCACACACAUGGAAGACCUUCACAUAGAUACACAGAUGCAUGCAUGAGUAAAAAUAAAAAUUUUUAAAAAAGGACUUUUUUUAAGAUUUAUUUUUAUGCAUGUGUAUGUGUGUACAGGUAUGUACACAUGUGCAGGUGUCUGUGGAGGCCAAAAGAGGGGUCAGAGUCCCUGGAGCUGGAGUCACAGGUGUAGGGUACCACCAAGCCUGAUCACUUGGGUUCAAUUCCCAGGGCCCACAAGGUAGAGGAGAAAUGACUCCCCAUGUGUGCUAUAGCACAUGCCCUCUCUGUCUCUGUCUCUCUCUCUCACACACACACACAGAUUUCAACAAAAUUACCGAAUCAAUUGCUUAAGGCCUUUCUCCCUCUACAUCUGUACGCAUGUAUUUUUUUCUAGCCAUUUCAAUAGACCCCAUUUACAGGGAAAAGAAAUGUAACCCUAGUCGUUUCUAGUUUUACCUGGAUUAUGAUUCUGUCCCAGGCACCUCCAGAGCAUUAUGAGUAUGUGGCCUCGGUGUCUCUAUGCCCGUCCCUCUUGUAGGAUUUCAGGGGUGAGCCAACAACAAGCCUGCUUAUCAUCCUGCUUUUGUUUAGUACUUCAAUAAAUGAGGCAAUAUGUAUAUAGUGUUUAUUCCCAUCUUAGUGAGAGGAGGGUCUAACCCCUGGGAUCCCAGCUCUUGCAUGAUGCAGGCAUGGCGAUCCGUUCAAGGUCACCUGCUGCUACAUCGUGAAUCAGAAACCAGCGAAGGCUACCAAGGAGAUCCUGACACACACGCACACGCACACACACGCGCGCACACACACACACACACACACAAGAUCGAAAUGAGUCACACAAAGUUGGAGUCUUCCAAAAAGGACCCGACAUGUCACAAUCCUGACCGUGUCGGUGGAGAGAACGCGGGUGAAGGAAGCCAAACGCUCUACCCCACCACCACACCCGGCUUCCUCACGUCCCAACCCGGGAGCAGCGCCGGGGGUCCGCAAACCGCUCGAGUGAGGGGCCUGGUGGCUCCCCGGGAUGGCCCCGGGGCUGCGAUCCUUCCCGCCGGCCGGCAUCCGGGCUUCCGCCCCCAGCGCGCUUUCCGGCUAGCCGGGCCCGGGCGCUCCGGGGUCAGGCGGAGGACACGGGCGGGCGGGCGGGGGGCGGGGCCGGAGCACGUGACCGCCGCGCCCGCCCUGCGGCCCCCGAGCCCGCCGCCCGCAGCUCCCGGCGUGCCCCGCACUCUCGGCUGCCCGCCGCCGGCCCCUCCUUCUUCUCGUCCCAGUGCCACCGAGCCGGAGCCCCGAGCCGCCGCCGCCGCCGCCGCCGCAGCCUCAGCCGCGGGCACUAUGGCAUCUGGAGUUACAGUGAAUGAUGAGGUCAUCAAAGUUUUUAAUGAUAUGAAAGGCUCCGGAAAGUGCACCGUUAAAAAGCAAGAUGAUUUAUGCUAGCUCUAAAGAUGCCAUUAAAAAGAAAUUUACAGGUAUUAAACAUGAGUGGCAGGUGAAUGGCUUGGAUGAUAUUAAGGACCGCUCGACACUGGGAGAGAAACUGGGAGGCAGUGUGGUAGUUUCCCUGGAAGGAAAGCCGCUAUAAA